GCCGCAGACGCCUUUGCAAAUGUAAAGAGGCUGUCAGGCUCUGUUUCAUCAGGCGCGAUGCCGCUGAGGAGGACGAUGGGCCAACUGCGAGUGUGAAACCAAAAUCGAGCAAGCAGGGCCGGUAGGGUUGAUGAGUUGCAAAAGGCCCGGCCCCCUGUGCCACCCUCCCCCUUUUUACCUCCCGGUCAAAAAUGAAAUGCGGGGCCUCUCAGCGCAGGCUGGUGGGUCAGUGGGUUGUUUUCCUCUCCCCCGAGCCUUGCCUCGCUUCAUUGAAGUUUAUGUUUCAAUGCAAACGUGUGCGCAACAUGGCGAGAGGGGCGCUGGUGCUGAAAAGCCCCCAGCCCCCUUUGGUAACCACGGUGACAGUCCCAAACCAAAAGCGGAGCGCUGCGUUAUCGCCUGUUCAUUUGACUGGGCCGCACUCUUUACGUUCACUGUUGACUCAGCUCGUUUUUGCUGAACUCAGCUAGUGCUUCUGCCGCUUCCAUAUUUGUGCCUUGCUCUUUGCUAGCAUGCAUCUCCUGUAUUUUUGUGCCUCCAAAUGACCUCAAAUGAGUAGAAAGUUUUUUUACGUCACUGAGAACGAAGGCUUGUUUUGUUUUCCUGCAAACGUGAUGACGGCGCGUCGCCGUUCAUUCGCUGACUGCCAAACAUUUUCAAGCGGACUUCCCGCUCUUGUGGCUGGAAGAGAAGCUUGCCAGAACUGCCUUUGUAAAUGGAACCCAGCAAAUGCGGCAACCGGAUGAUCUUAGUCAUUCACCACUUUUACACAGAGAUCCUGCGACGUUUUUGUUUAGGCGGCCAUUUUGGGGGUGGCUAUACGAGCCACCCAACAAAAGCUUGUUGUGCAACGCAGCCUUCUCUCCUUAUCGGCCGUAUGUGUGCGACUGUUCCAGUCUUUUCCAAACUCGUUUUUACUGACGUGGGCAAAGGUCUUCAAUUGCACCUGUGUUUGGGAGAUAAAGUGGUUCCGAAAGCAACUUCGGCGGAUAUAAUCACACUGGGCAAAUGGUGGUGUGGGUGGGUGUCUUUGUUCAAAGGUGAGCGUGGUAAAAUGGUGGCUGAGGUGUGGAAGGACACUUUUUGUGUGCACGUCACACACAACUGUGUGAUUUAUACGCUGCUGCUCCCGUGGUUGUGGAUGGAGAUUGGGGGGAGUGUAACAGCUGGUCGGGCCCUGAGAGGCUGUGUGUGUGGCUGUGUUUGCUACAAUUCUGUGUGUGUGGGUGUCUGUCUGUGUGUUUACUUCAGCUUAGUAUUCACAACGUCUCAAAGACAUUUGACUUUGGUCAAAACAAUGAUUUUCACUCAUUUACAGCAAGUAAAUUGUACCAUCCAAAAUGUGUUAGGCACAUUGGUUAGUUGCAGCACGUUGCUACAAGGCCAACGCUGCAUCACUUGUUGAAUUGUCGGCUACAUGGAAGUCAUUGCCUGAUAUGAAAGGCGACUAAAAGGACGCUUGAGUUUUUAAUCCGACUUUAGCCUCUUUUGACCUUUACGCCCCUCUUGGCAACAAAGCGCUCGCCGUCGUGCCGCAUAUGUUUACUAAACAGCCCCUACCUUUUCACCUCAACGUCUGCUGCACGUUAUUGUGGCACAGGCAGGCGUCGGGCCAAUUAAGUCUCGGGGGACGAGGCGACGAGAGGACGGAUCGAUUUACCGCCGUCUCUCAUAAAAACAGCGAGCGUGAUGCUAAAACACUGACAGUUCAGACUUUAAGUUUAGCAAUGGCAUGAUCCUUGAUGACAUCACGGUUUAUAACAGAGUCACACUUUCCUUUGCCUCCGCCAGAUGACUUUUUGUCUCUUCCUUGUCCAUCAGAUUAAUAGACAUUUUUAUCAAGAAAAAAAAGUCCAUGAUGGCAAUUAUUUUAUUCUUGACUUGGGAUGAUGGUAUUUCCUUAGAACGUCCAACAAAUUCCAAGAAAUGCGGGUGUGCUUGUUGAAUGUUUACAACUCACUGCGUCUGCGGAAGUUGCAAGCGUCGUCGCAUGAGUCACACAAGCGAGGCCAAGUGGGAAAAUAGUACCCUUAAAGGGGGCUUUCCUGUCGUCAAUUUGACCGCUGUUUCCGAUAAUUGUUUCCUUUUGAGCUAAAGCUGCCAACACCAAGACAGCACCUUGUCACGGACGCCCAUUCUUUCUACCUUUCCACCAACAAUCACAUACACACAUUGUUUGUACCCUUCCGUCACAUCCGACUUGCAUUCGCUUAUUCCACAGUCGUUUUUACAACACGGUUGUAAAGUCGUCAUACAUUAGGUUGCGCUCAACCUAAAUCAAGCCAAGCCUGCGUGGUGACAGGUUACGGAAUUUAAUGAAGCCAAAUCGGCAUAUUGAAUUAGUGUGACGGAUACGAGCAAGGUGGAGAGUCAGCUGCUGAUUUUUCCAAGUCAUUUCAAAAUUAUUUUCUCUCAUGACUUAAACCACAAAGACUGGUCCAAACAUGAAAGCGUCCGUCUUUCUACCCCCUUGGCGCAAUACGUAGAGGAGGGGGCAAAGUUAUUGAGGUUUUUACCUCGGCGCUGAGAGGUGACAGUCAUUCCUUGAAUUAUUUCUGCACAUUGGACUUGGGAGCCCUCGCUACAAGUCCCUAAGCAUUGGAAGGCGCCGCCUAAGUCCCCAGCUUUGUCUCACGGCCUUCUUUGCCUACGCUGUAAUCUGCAGUCACACCGGCGCACACAGCACGGCUUUCAAAGGCUUAAGAUUGUCGCACACGGCCCAAUGCGGAGAAACUGGGAUAACGCUACGGGGGCUGGAUGAGGGCUAGUCGAGUAAAUGAAGGCGUUGCACCUGGCCAGCUGCCUGCCGUGAGCGAUUCCGCAGGAAGUGAUGACAAAUGCUGCCUCGCUUCAUGCUGAAUUCUGCGAUUUGGCAAUCCCCUCCCUAUAAAAGGUGACCUCGGGCAGAUCGCUCCUUUCAACGUGCGACAUAAGAAUUUUAAGCGCCUGAUGCUCGGCCGUAGAUUUAGGCCCUUCCGUCGGUGCUUUUUCCUGUCUUUCCUGUUGGCUGUCUGCGUUGGCGUCCAUUCUCAUCUGGCUGCCUACCUGAAGCUUAACCACUUCUGAAUGCGGGAAGCUGCCAAAGACGUGACAACUGUCAAAUCUCGGCUCGACCGAUUGGCCUCGCGUUACGGGAGAGUCCGCUUGAAGGCGGCUAAGCCACGGACGUUCUGGCGUCUCCGGUGUAUUGUGUCCCAGAGAAAUUCCCCAAAAAACCGCAUCCUGUCAAGAGUGAGCUCUGGAUUCUGAUGGCCCGUCUUUGACGUUUGUUAUGCUUUGGCGCCUGGAGUGUACCGUUAAAGCAGCAGCCCGGGAAUUCCUCGCAGCACCUCCGCCCGGCACCUCGUAAAAGACUUUAAAUUAAUCUCUCGCUGCCGUUAAAAAAGCCAAUUUGAGAUUUAUCCUGCCUUUUGGUUUUGAGAUGUCACUGGAAUGGGAAUGUGAUUUUUCAAGCGGAUUGAAUCAUGGCGCAGCGUGUCACUCGCCGUCUUGAUUAAUGGUGGCUGAUUCAUCUGGCUCUUCUGCUGCCUCCGUUUUGUGUUUGCCUAACAUUUUUUCUCGGAAAUACCUGGUUGUUUUGAUUUCACACGCGACCAAGCUCAGAGCUUACUUGACCUCAACCUGCACUGUAAUCUCACACCGUAUGGAUCCAACCAUACCCGUAAAUCACCUGAAAGCCCCGCCGCCUUUUGAAACCUGAUGACGUUCUGACCGUCAAAACAUUCAAAACCGCAGUGCUGCGUGGAAGUGCUGAUCCAAAAGUCUGGUUAUCCAGCAUUUAGACCCCCCCACCCCACUGUCAAAAUCGCAGCUCUGUAAUACGGGAGGUCUUUUUUGGGGGCUGCAGCAUUGCGUCGGGAGGUUGGUAGCCAACAAACCUUGAGCAAUUGCUGCGGCGGUAUUUGUCGCGUGAGCUCAGCGCUUGGCAAAGAAAUAGGUCAGCGGAGGGACCUCGUUCAACCCGAGCUGAGCGAAUCGUGUGUGUGCCCUCGUGUUUGUGUGCGCUCGUGUGUAAAUAGCGCUUUCAGUGAGAACUUGGCUGAACCCUGCCAAAUCUCUGCGGAAUCCCAGUCGGCGUCACGGCGAGUUUCAACGUCAGCACUCGACUGACGGCAGGGGGGAGAAAGGCAAGAAGAAAGGGGGACCCAUCGCCCUCCAGGUGAGGAUCCCGAAAUGGAAUGGCACACGUAAGCAGGAGAAAGAAUUACGCUCACGUGGCCGCUAUUGUUAGAGCACUGCAAACAUCCUCAACCAAUCCGAGGUGGUGUCCCCGCCCCCCCUGCUGUCGAUUGUCGGCUCAACUCAGAAUGCGAUUGGAUUGACGGAUAAUCCGCGGCUCGAUGAGGGUGGAGAAUAAAUAAAAUCAAAAUAUAGGCGGGGAGUGGGGGGCACAGCACUCAGUAGAAGCUGUAAAUUUUCCCUCCGAUCCGCUGUGGCCUGAUAUUUUCUUGUCCUGACAAAUAUUUGCGUGCUGAUCCCAGAUUUGAAAAAUUAACAUUUAAUCAAUCAAAAAGCUUCAUUUGGAAAAACAUCCCAGAGUGCCGACUCCACAGGCCUACAGCUCUUUGCGAGUGACUAAUUCGAGACCUCGCCUUGGCACAGGCUGGAAGCCGAGGUCCCCGAGCCAUGUGUUCGUGAAACGAGCACGUAUACACAGUCAGAUGGGUUUAAAGAGCGAGGCGUGUACGUGUUGAGAACACGCCGUCAAAUGUGCCCUGCAUAUGGUGCACCCCCCACCUCUGUUUUACCCCAAUGCGCAUUUGUGAGCGCCCAAAAAUUCACAGCCAAAAAACUCACAGCCCAAAAACUGAGGAGGAAAUAUUCCCGUUCUUUGCCUGCCAAGAUAUUGCUUUUAGCGGGUAGUGUUAAGCGGUAGCGUUGUUUUCCUACAUGUCGCCUGGCGUUCCAGCAGCCACACAAACCCCAGUGGGUUUCUUUUCCUCUCCUAAAGAAUUCCCCUCUUAAGCGAUUAGCAUCAAGUGGGAACACGGCAGGAUUGACAGUGUGGCUAAACAAUGUUGUAUGUGGGAAGGCACGACAACACAGAAACAUCCUGGCGUUCUCCUCAUGUGGUUUGUGUGGAGGCUCUUUGCAAGUCCAAUGAAUCCCUGCUGCCUCCUUCACCACACAAAGCCACCACUUAGGAAAAACGGGGGGGGGGGUGCGCCAAGAGGCAAAAUAUUCCAGCCUGGUGCUGGUCCAGCUGCUCACUGGCGAGGCAUUGAAGCCGGUGAGCUAACGACAGGAAGAAAGGAGCAGGUGGAACGAGAGAUGGAAGGCAGGCCAACAGAUGUUUGUGUGUCAAGCUAGCGGGAAGGUUCCCAAAUAACUGAUGUUGCCUGGUAGCGACUGCUCACUGUACUCGCCGUUUACGGUGGCGUGAAACCCCCUUGGCUUCUAAUAUGAUCAGAAUCCAAGACACUUUAACUAAUUAUUAGCCUUGAAUGCUAACAUAGUGAGAAUGCUAAUGUGGCAACAAAGCAGCAGGUGGUGGUGACGUUCCUUUGUCUGGUAAUUUCCUUCCCGGUUUGCUUUGCGCUGUAUUAAUUGGAAGAAUGUCGUGGAGCUGGCCGUAUGUGCAUAAACAACACCUAUGCCAGCACCAUUGUCAAGACGUUUUACACCUCGAUUGAUUUAGCCGUCCUCCAAAUCACGGCGUCAACACCAAAAGGUUACAUUGUCGCAGGCGGUGAAAUUGACGUGCCACCACUUGCUAUGGCUUUUCAGCAAGCCGCACACUUUUAAGAUUCCUGCCAUCAGUGACUCAGAUGACGACUAAGGCGUUUUUCACCGCCCUCCUCCCCCCUGCUUCGUGGGAAAUUUUGAUGACUGUUGCGUGGCCACCAACUCUGUUCAGGACGACAGCGAUGGUAUUCCGUGGUCGGAGGAGCGGCUGAUGCGCAAGGUGCUCUACCUGUCCCUCAAGGAAUUUCGCAGUACGCAGAAACGGCAGUUGGACAGCCAUGCCGACGACAACCGAAACGGCUCCUUAGCCAACGGCUCCGGCUUGAUUGCCGGCCACAAAGACGGUGGCUCGCUGCACGCGUCGGGCCUGGGCGAGGGCGGUGACCUCUGCAAGCACGGCCCGGCAAAGAAGAGGCCUCGGCUGCAGGCGCAGAGGAAGUUUGCGCAGUCGCAGCCCAACUCGCCCAGCACCACGCCCGUCAAGGUGGCCGAGCCUGCCGCCGUCAGCGCGGGCCAGGCUGCCCCCAUGGCGGGCGUCGCCCCCGCCGCCAACUCUUCCUUGUCGUCCUUAUCGCUGUCGCUCGCCGCUUCGUCGCCGUCGUCGUCCAUCCAGGACCUGUCUCGACGAAAACCCAAAACCGAGGACUUCCUCACCUUCGUCUGCCUCAGAGGUUCGCCGGCGCUGCCCAACAACAUGGCAUACUUCGGCAGCUCCCAGGAAGAGGAGGAAGACCUUGGGGAGGUGGAGGACGAUGCAGACGAGGAGCUGAGGAAUGGCGGCAUCAGCGCCACGUAUUGGCACGGUGUGGCCCGCGGCGGCCAGGCUUCCGCCUCCUCCUCCUGCCAAUCCACGCCACGCAAGGGCAAGCCCCUCACACGGCAUCCGCUUAACGGCCACAUGUUGAGUGGCCAUAGCACGAUGCGGGAGAGCCCUCGGCCCAAGGCACCCCCGCCGCCGCUGCUGAGGGAGCGCAGCGAGCGGGCCGAGGCGCGGGAACACGCCCGGAGGUUGCAGCCCAACGCUGCUAACGCUAGCGCCACCGCCGCUAAAGGCCUGGCCACCAGAAGGGCUGCCGCCGAUCUCCGCAAGCAGGUCUCUAGAGUGAAUGGGCUGACGCGUCGGAGCGCCCUGCAGGCGGCCGCCAAGAGGAGUCGCGACUUCCGUCUACCGUCCAAAACUGUGAAGAAGUACACGGCCACCGUGUCCAAGGGCCACGUCACCUACACCAAAGCCAAGCAGAGGGAACUGGACAAGAGAACCAAACUCAGCAGCAGCAGCAACAUGGCGAACAAUCACAAUCAGCACAGCCAGCCAGCAGCCAGCAACGGGCUGACCCACUCAGGAAAAGCAGCUGCAGCAGCGGCCUAUCACAGCAAUGCAAAAACCCGCAAACAGGUGCUACUAGUCAACGGGCUGCACAGGCGGGCCGCCCGCCUCAACGGGAGGCUGAACGGCCAGCGGCACGAAAACAGCGAGGACGGCGACUUUCCGGGGCGGGAGGGUCUGCGCAACUCCAAGCGGCGCUUGGAGGUGUCGCUGCAUUCAGUGGUGGAGGCCAGUGCGCCCAAGGCCGGCCUGGAUCCCAAGAAGGCCAAGCUGCAGCCGCAAGCACCACCAGAGACGCGCAGUGGCAAGAAGGCCGUCCCCAUGCGCUCGGUCACCCCCACCACGCCGCUCGCUAACGGACGCCUUUCGGAGCCGCCGCCGCCUCCUGAGAUGGCUCCGCCCGCGCUCCCGUCCCCCUCGCCCCUCGCACAACAAUCCUCUUCCACACCAGCAGAGUCGGUCAACCAGCGACCUAAGCGGGCGUCGGCCGGCAAGCUGAUGUUGAUCCGACAAGCACAGCAGCAACUGAGCAGGUCUCACAGCCGCGCUGCCGCCGCUUCCUUCCCAUCGUCCGGCCACAAUCACUCCCACAGCCCCGGGCGCAGCACUACCUCAGAGCCCCGACAGGCCGCCGGCGCUGCCUCACCGCUCGCCAACCGGCCGGCACCACUCGGGCCCCCGCUGACGGGGCGGCCGAUUGACCGCGACAAGGAGUGGGAACGUGAGAAGGAGCUGGCGCGGCAGAAGGAGCAUGAGCAGGAGAAGGAGUGGGGGUGCCGGCGGAGCCGGCCCGAAGGGUGGGCCGCCCUGGGCGACGUGCCUGUCUUCCUGCCGGAGGCGCGCGAAUUCCACGACCCCAUGGUCUUCCUGGAAGUCGUGCGGCAGCAGGCGGAAGCUGCCGGUGUGUGCCGCGUGGUGCCGCCGCCCGACUGGAGGCCCGAGUGCAAACUCAGUGAGGAGAUGCGCUUCGUCACCACCGUGCAGCGGGUCCACAUGUUGGGGCGACGCUGGGGCCCCAACGUGCAGCGACUGGCCUGCAUCCGGAAACACCUCAAAUCUCAGGGCAUCGCCAUGGACGAGCCGCCCGUUAUCGGCGGCUGCGAAGUGGACCUGGCGCGCUUCUUCCAGGUGCUGAACGACAUGGGUGGCAUGCAGCAAGUAAUGGACCUGAAGAAGUGGAGCAAGCUGGCCGACCUGCUGCGCAUUCCCAAGACGGCGCAGGACCGGCUGGCCAAGCUGCAGGAGGCCUACCUGCAGUACCUGCUGGCCUAUGACUCGCUGGGCGCCGACGAGCGCCUCCGGCUGCACGAUCAGGUGCUGCAGGAGAAGCGUCAGCUGGAGGCGCGGCGUGGCCCCCUGGAGGCUCUGGCAGACUCUGCCGCGCCGGCGCUGCCCCGCUAUGAGCCCAAGAACGGGCUGGCGGGCGGCAACGGCGCUGGCAACGGCGUCUACCAGCAUCUGAAGGAUCUGGAGGCUCAGGUCAAAGCGGGCCGGCGCCGCCUCUUUGCUCAGGAAAAUCAUGGAGGGCACGUGGCCGAGUGCCGCGACGACGGCGUCCUCGGCGAGCAGCACAAAUGCAUUUACAAGGGCAAGUCGGUGUCGUUGACUAACUUCUUCCGGAUCGCUCGCAACACCAUGACCAUGUGCUUCAAUAAGGAGCCGGCCGCCAGCGAGGUGGAGCAAGAGUACUGGCGUAUCGUGGAGCAGCGCGACGGCCAUGUAGCCGUGCACUGCGGCAAGGUGGACACCAUUACGCACGGCAGCGGCUUCCCCACUGGCAAGUCGGAGCCCUUUGCCAAACACGGGUGGAACUUGACCGUCCUCCCCAACAACUCGGGCUCUGUCCUGAGGCAUCUGGGCGCCGUGCCUGGGGUGACCGUUCCCUGGCUGAACAUUGGCAUGGUCUUUUCUACCUCAUGCUGGUCUCGAGACCAGAACCACCUUCCAUACAUAGAUUACCUUCACACUGGCGCCGAUUGCAUUUGGUAUUGCGUCCCUGCUGAGGAGAGGUCCAAGCUGGACAAGUUGGUCCACACGCUGCUGCAGGCCAACGGGACGCCCGGACUGGAAAUGCUCGAGAAGAACGUCAUGAUCUCGCCAGAGGUGCUGUGCCGUGAGGGCAUCCGCGUGCACCGCACGGUGCAGCGCAGCGGCCAGUUUGUGGUCUGCUUCCCGGGUGCCUUCGUGUCCAAAGUGUGCUGCGGCUACAGCGUGUCCGAGACGGUGCACUUUGCCACGCCGCACUGGAUCGAGCUGGGCUACCAGGCCGCCAAGGACCUGAAGUGCCGGCGCAUCGCCAAGCCCUUCUCCAUGGAGAAGCUGCUCUACCAGAUCGCCACAUCCGAGUCCAAGCGUGACAACGGGCUCCUGCUCACCACCGUCGCCGCCCUCCUCAAAGACCUCAGGAACUUGGAGAUGCGCCAGCGCUCGGAGCUGUUCUCGGCGGGGCUGCACUCGGCGGCCCGCUACGGUGCUCGUGAUGAGGGCCGCAAGAAGCCACGCGGCAAAUGGACGACGUUGGAGUCCUCUGAGAGACGCUGCCAGAUCUGCCACCACCUCUGCUACCUCUCCAUGGUGGUGCAGGAGACAGACAAUGUGGUGUUCUGCCUCGAGUGUGCGCUGCGCUACGUGGAGAAGCACAAGUCGUGCCGGGGCCUCAAGAUGAUGUACAGAUACGACGAGGAGCAAAUCAACAACUUGGUGAACCAGGUGUGCGGCCGUGCCAUUUUGAAAAGUGGCGGGGGCGUGGCGAGCGGCGGCCCCGUGCCAGCGGUGAGUGGGGGCGAGGCCUGCUGCCGCCCCAUCAAAGCCUCGCCGGCCAAGCGCGGCGCACCCCGCAAGCGCGGCGCCGCGGAGGUAUCACUGGGCCGCCUGCCAUCGGGCCUCCUGCCCAAAGCGGCCGCCGUGUCCUGAUGUCGGCCCCGAACACUUCCCGGCGCUCGCUUUGGCUUUUUGUCUGCUUGACGCCCCGCUCCGCCAAAUAGAAACCCAAAGUUGUUCCCUCCGAUUCCCGAUGCAGCUCCUGCAGUAUCACUUUGGAAACACCAGGGGGGGCGCUCUAGUAGCGAAAACUUGAAGGACAAUAAUCUUGCUCUUUUGUCACUAUUCUUUUGGAAAUUUUCUUUGAUUUUUCACCUUCUGUUUUGUGGAGUUUUGGUGAGGAAAACGUGUGCCUCAAAGUAAGGAGAUCCGCCUUAUUUUUUGGUGCUGUUGCUCUCCGACAUACUGUAUCAUGACAAAUUCAAAAUGGGCGUCAUAACGUAAGCCUUGGACUAGCGCUAACAUUGCGGGAAAGCUUUUUUCUCUUGCCCCGCGCCUCCUUUGUUUGGAGAUGUGCAAUGAUCAUUCCAUUUUUCUUCCAGUCCUUCAUUCGACUUCAUUUCUCAUUUGUAAUUUGUGUCUUUUUUUUUUUCCAUUUUUAAUGGAUUAUCAAGUAGACCCACUUGUGUCAAAUGUGAAAGGUUAGCUAUUCUUUUGUUUUUUAAUUGCCCCAUUCUUUUAAUGUUACUCACCAGCAUUUUUUUUGUACAUAAUACAUACUUGAGCCCGGUGAGGAAGGAUGCCAGGAAAGAGUGAUGAAAAUUAUGAAGAAAAAGCCUUACAAUUCCCUUUCUUCAUUGGUGUGUGUGCUGACAACAGGGUCGCUCAUGUGUGUAAAGAAAAAAAGAGGAAACCCCCCACAAAAAAAUCAACGUUUAAGUGCUGCUUAUAUCGCUAAACAAAAGAUGACCCCUCUGCCCAUUCCUGAGCCAACUCAGCCUACUUUUCUUCCUUUAGCUUUACUAUUUUUAAAAAUGGGGAAAAACCCCAGGUGAGAAGUUUUUGUUGUUUUAAGUCAAGUCAAGUUUAUUUGUAUAGCCCUAAAUCACAAGCAGUCUCAAAGGGCUUCACAUAGACAGAAAUUGACAAUUAUUCUCAAAGCAUCCCCUGAUCUUAAGCUCCUUAAGCUUUUCAUGUGUCAAACUUUCACUCAGAGAAAGAAAGGUCUCUCUCUCUCUCUCUCUCCACAUGUUGCACUGAAAAAAAACGUUGUUUUGUUGUUGGUCAUCAUCUCGACUACACAGAAGACUGAAACUUUUUUAGGAUUAUUUAAGGCAAAAUGCUGAUGUCAAUAAUGGAAUAAAAAAAAAAGGUGGUUAAGUUUUUAUUGCCUUAACCUUGUUUGGUUUUUGAUACAAACGUCUGAAAGUGCUCGCUGACUAAACGCGAGCCUCUUAAUUUAUUGGUCCAGAGGCUUGUUGAUUUGUUCUUGUUUUUUUCUUUUGCAGUAUGUUUUUACCGGAGGUUGAAUAAAAAUUUGCCAACAAUUCA